AUGGACGACGAGGCGCGUGCUGCAGAGGCGGCGCUCGAGCAGCGGCUGCACGAGCUGACGCUCGAAGGCGUGCAAUACGACUCGGACUUGGAUCCUGGCUCUGAUACCGAGGCGGCCAAGCCCGAGCCGCCGUACGCGUGUGCAUACUGCGGCCUGGCGGACGUGCGGAGCUGCGUGCAGUGCACGCAGUGCGACAAGUGGUUCUGCAACGGGCGCGGAAGCACUGCCGGGUCGCAUAUCGUGACGCACCUUGUGCGGUCGCGACACAAGGCCGUGCGCCUGCACCCCGAGUCGCCACUCGGCGAUACGGUGCCGGAAUGCUACUCGUGUGGCUCCAAGAACCCUUUCCUGCUCGGUUUUAUCCCUGCCAAAGGCAAUGCGGUCGUCGUGCUCUUGUGCCGGAAUCCGUGUGCGCAUGCGCCUUCAUCGAAGGACAUGCAGUGGGACACGGCACAGUGGUCCCCGCUUAUCCAGGACCGUGCCUUUCUCCCGUGGUUUGUCGCAGUGCCCUCCAACGAUCAGGCCAAGAACGUGCGUCAAAUUAGCGCGCGACAGAUUAGCAUGCUCGAGGACCUCUGGCGCGAGAACGAGCGUGCGACCGUGGCAGACUUGCAGACGAACCACGUCGAGGAAGCGGUCGCCAAGACACAGCAACAGUACGUGGACGCGUACGAGUACCAAAAGAUCUAUUCGCCGCUCAUCACCAUCGAGGCCGAGUACGACAAGAAGCUGCGCGAAAGCCAGGUGCAGCACGGCGUCGUGGUGCGCUGGGACACGACGCGGCCGCAGCGGCCCAUUGCCUGGCUCCAGCUGCCGCAGCUCGAGAGUGGCGAGGUGCGCAUCGCCGUCGGCGACGAGAUCAAGCUCAAGUACCACGGCGAGCUCCAUGCGCCAUGGGAGUCACUGGUGCAGGUCGUUUCUGUCCCGCAGUACGCCGUGACCGAGGUGGCGGUUGAGCUACGCCGCGGCACGGGCGCUCCGACGCAGUGCACGCACAACUUUACCACCGAGUUCGUGUGGAAGGGCACGACGUUUGACCGCAUGCAGCUUGCGCUGCGCUCGUUUGCAAUGGAGAACAAGAGCAUGAGCGGGUACAUCUCACGCGUAAUUCUGGGGCAUCCGGUGCCGCCGAGCAUGCUCAGCACCGAGUUUCCCGCGCGCUUCACCGUGCCGGGCCUGCCGGAGCUGAACCACUCGCAGGUGCAGGCGGUCAAGUCGGUGCUCUCGCGCCCGCUGAGCCUGAUCCAGGGGCCUCCAGGCACCGGCAAGACGGUGACCAGUGCGACGAUCGUCUACCACCUGAGCCAGAUGAACCCCGGGCCGGUGCUCGUGUGUGCGCCGUCAAACGUUGCCGUCGACCAGCUCACCGAGAAGCUGCAUCAGACUGGCCUCAAGGUAGUGCGUGUGAUGGCGCGCAGCCGUGAGGCGAUCAGCAGCCGCGUCAGCUUCCUGUCGCUGCACGAGCAGCUCGCCAAGGCCUGCACCUCGCCGGAGCUGACCAAGCUCUCGCGGAUGAAGCAGGAGCACGGCGAGCUGAGCACGAGCGACGAGCGGCGGUACCGCUCGAUGAUGAAGGCGUGUGAGCGCGACAUUCUCAGCGCCGCCGACGUCAUUUGCACGACGUGCUCGGGGACGGGCGACGUGCGUCUUACGAAUAUGACCUUCCGCACGGUGCUCAUCGACGAGGCGACGCAGGCGACCGAGCCCGAGUCGCUCAUCCCGAUCGUGCACGGGUGCAAGCAGGUGGUGCUGGUCGGCGACCACAAGCAGCUGGGCCCGGUGAUUAUGAACCGCAAAGCGGCACUUGCGGGUAUGAAGAACAGCCUCUUUGAGCGCCUCAUCCGCCUCGGCCACCGCCCGCUGCGUCUCGAGGUGCAGUACCGCAUGCACCCCUGCCUGUCCGAGUUUCCCAGCAACAUGUUUUACGACGGUGCACUACAAAACGGCGUCACGGCACAGGAGCGCAUCCAGCGCGGCGUCGACUACCCGUGGCCCAAGCCCAGCACACCGAUGCUCUUCCGCCAGGACCUCGGGCAGGAGGAGAUCUCGGGCAGUGGCACCUCGUUCCUGAACCGGACCGAGGCGUCCUCUGUGGAAAAGAUGGUCACGGCGCUGCUCAAGUCGAAUGUACUCCCAUCGCAGAUCGGUAUCGUGACGCCAUACGAGGGCCAGCGCAGCUACCUGCUUACACACAUGCAGAUGCACGGCAGCCUGCGGAAGGACCUCUACCGCGAGGUCGAGGUGGCGAGCGUCGACGCGUUCCAGGGGCGCGAGAAAGACUAUAUCCUCGUGAGCUGCGUCCGCAGCAGCGAACGCCAGGGCAUCGGUUUCUUGAGCGAUCCCCGCCGGAUGAACGUCGCGCUGACGCGUGCGCGCUACGGCCUAAUCAUUAUCGGCAAUCCCAAGGUGCUGAGCCGCAACCCCCUAUGGUACUAUCUCCUUGUGCACUUCAAGGAGCAGCAGCUCCUCGUCGAGGGGCCGCUCUCCAACAUGCAGCCCUCGAUGAUCCAGUUCCCGAGUCAGCCACCUCACGUGCGCGGGCAGCGUAAGCGCCCAGCCGAUCCGUCUGGCGAUCGGCGCGCCCGGGCGCCUACAGAUGUGCACGCGGCGUGGGGCGCCGCGGCGAUCGGCGCGCCGCCACUGUCUUUCUCGAAAAGUGAUCGUCUGCAGGACGAUGACGCGGACCUUGAAAGCCUGCACGGCUAUAAGAGCCAGGCGUCCGUUGCAGACGACGAUAUCUCCGAGCCGCCUACGCCCGCGGCGCACACUUCCGUAACAUCAUUUUUCUGA